AAUUCGUAACUUCUAAUGCUGUAAAACCCUAAUUUUUCCAAUGAAUCGAUUUGCCAGUCCUAUUAAUCCUUCCGAUUUCAUUUCCCCCAAUUCUAUUUCUCUACAUUGACAUAGCCCCUUCUACACCACCAAACCAUUCAUUACUUUUCCUUCAAUCUCGAUUGACUCAUCCCAGGAUCGCCCAAUCCCUCCAUUGAAAUCUCUAAUAUUGGUUUCUAACAAAUCGGUUCCCAUUUUCGCGAUUUGAUUGAGGUUUCAGGACGUAACGCUGGCGAUUGGCACCGUGCGUGGGUGAUGGCGGGUCCGCCACAAGUCCGCCUAAAAGUGUUGUUUGAUUCCUCAAUUUACUUUGUUUUAGGGUUUGGAAAGACGACGGGAGCAAAGGGCGAGGCGUUGAAGAAGAAGAAGAAGAGGGCAAAAUGGUAACUGUGCUUCGGGUGCACUUGCCGUCCGAUAUACCCAUUGUUGGAUGCGAAUUGACUCCAUACGUGCUUUUGAAGCGUACUGAUAAGUCUCACAUUUCUGAUGAUAUUACUGAGUUCAACCCCAUCGACGGCCAUUUCUUGAGAUAUAAAUGGUAUCGCAUACUAAGUGACAAAAAAGUUGCAGUCUGUAAUGUUCACCCAACCGAGCAGGCUACAUUACAAUGCCUUGGAUGUCUCAAGGCAAAAUUACCUGUUGCCAAGAGUUACCAUUGUUCGCCAAAGUGCUUUGCAGAUGCCUGGCAACAUCAUCGUCUCCUGCACGAGCGUGCUGCUAGUGCUUUAAAUGAGAAUGCAACCGAGGAGGAGGAAGUUUUUGGUCGCUUCAAUAGUAGUGGUAGUAAUGCUAGCUUGUCAACAUCUCAAUCAAAUCCUAAUUUGUCGAAUGCAAACAGUAGUUUGUACCCUACUGCAGUUACUCAAAGAAAUGGUGGUGAAACGUGGGUUGAAGUUGGAUACACAAAGAUAUACACACCAACAGCUGAUGAUGUUGGUCAUGUCCUUAAAUUUGAGUGUACUGUAAUAGAUGUUGAAACUAAAUUAACUGUGGGAUCUCCUAGUACUUUUUCAACUUCACGUGUGAUUCCAGCUCCGUCACCCAUUCCACGACGGGUGAUUCCUGUUGGAAUGGAUGUUUCCAGGAAUAUAGAUUUUGAUGGGCGUAUUUCAUCGGCAAUGACAUUUUCUGUGCUUUCAUACAAUAUCCUAUCCGAUGCAUAUGCGACUAGUGAUGCAUACAGCUAUUGUCCCACUUGGGCUCUAUCUUGGCCUUACCGCAGGCAAAAUUUGUUAAGAGAGAUAGUUGGCUACCGUGCAGACAUUGUUUGUCUCCAAGAGGUUCAAAGCGACCACUUUGAGGAAUUCUUUGCACCGGAGCUGGACAAACAUGGUUAUCAAGCUGUUUUCAAAAUGAAAACAACAGAGGUUUUUGUUGGGGCCAUGAAAAACAUUGAUGGAUGUGCUACUUUUUUCCGUCGUGAUAGAUUCACUAAUGUCAAGAAAUAUGAGGUUGAGUUCAACAAAGCUGCACAGUCUUUAAUUGAAGCAUUCAUACCAAGUGUUCAGAAGAAAAAUGCUUUAAACCGGUUGAUCAUGGAUAAUGUUGCGCUCAUCUUGGUUCUAGAAGCCAAGAGCAGUAACCAGGGUGCUGAUAAUGCCGGGAAACGCCAGCUUAUUUGUGUGGCAAACACACAUGUAAACGUGCAGCAAGAGUUGAAAGAUGUCAAGCUUUGGCAGGUUCAUACACUAAUUAAAGGACUAGAAAAAAUAGCUGUGAGUGCAGAUAUUCCAAUGCUGAUGUGUGGUGAUUUCAAUUCUGUUCCGGGAAGUGCCCCUCAUGCCCUCCUUGCUAUGGGGAAAGUUGAUCAAAAUCAUCCGGACCUAGCCAUAGACCCCCUCGGAAUUCUUCGUCCUCUUAGCAAAUUGACGCAUCAGCUCCCAUUGGUAAGUGCUUACUCGUCCUUUGCAAGAGUUGUGGCCGGACUGGGUCUGGAGCAGCGAAAGAAAACGGAUCCUGCUACUAAUGAACCCCUUUUCACAAACUGCACUAGAGAUUUUAUCGGCACCCAUGAUUACAUAUUCUAUACAGCUGACUCGUUAACGGUGGAGUCUUUGUUGGAGCUCUUGGAUGAGAAUAGCUUGCGGAAAGAUACUGCUCUUCCUUCUCCAGAAUGGUCUUCAGACCACAUAGCACUGUUUGCUGAAUUCCGCUGCAAGCCAAGGUCCAGACGCUCAUAAUAAGAGGCCUAAGGUGAAGGAGAAUUUCUGAUAUAAUAGCUGUAGCUGGUACAAUUUCGGAGAGAGAGAGAGAUAAGUUACUGUAACGAUAGUUCAAUUUCCAAGUGUUAUUUUAACCAUCUUUGUACCUUUGUCUUAGAGCAAAAAGUAUGAUGAAAAACAAUGCACUGCGAUCGAAUGUGAAUGAAUACAGGUUAUUUAAACUA